UCUGGAUCUUAUAGUCUUUAUUUAUAGCUUUGGAUUUUUGUCUGUGAGAAGAAAAAACAAGCUUUUUUUCCAGAUUCAGCAUGCCUGUAUGGAUGUGUUUUUCCUGUUAGAAUCAUCUGAACGCAGUGGCAGUUGUCAGGAAGAAGCGUCUACAACAGUCCAUCUGAAGAAAAUCAUAUUGGUGAUGUUUGGGAAAAUGAAGAUGUGUAAUCCUGCUGAAUGUAACCUGGUGCUUCUCGGUGUGAUGGGCUCUGGGAAAUCAGCGCUGACAGUCAAAUUCCUCACAAAACGCUUCAUCACUGAAUACGACCCUAACCUAGAAGACAUCUAUUCAUCUGAAGAGGUUGUGGACCAGCAGCCAGUCAUGCUGAAGGUCAUGGACACCUGUGACCAGGAUGGUCCAGUGAACAGUGAACGUUAUCUGUCAUGGGCUAAUGUCUUCCUGGUGGUCUACAGCAUCGAUAACAUGGAGAGCUUUAAAGGCUGUCAGCUAUACCUACAGACACUCGCCUUACACAACAAAACCUUCAGGCCACAAACUCCCAUCAUGCUCCUGGGCAACAAGCUCGACAUGGACAGAUACAGACAGGUGAGUCAGUCUGAUGGUGAGGCCUUGGCGUCUCGUUUUGGUUGUUCAUUCUUCGAGGUGUCGGCCUGUCAGGACUUCCACGCUGUACAACACGUCUUCUACGAGGCAGUGAGGAAGGCAAGAAGAGGUGGUGCCUGUGGCUGCUUGGUCCCAGCCGUCUAUGCCAGCGAGGACAAAGCACUUCUUGGUGUCCCCUCCUUUACUACUCCAUGUUACAAAGAGUUGCCAGUACCUGCCACUGCUAAGCUGAUCACAGUGAAGACAUCCAGAGCUCAGAGCAAACGGAGGGCUGCCACACUCACCUUACUCAAAGGUUUCAAGAUAUUUUGACACCUUCUGCUGCAUGUCCUUUAAAACUGUGAAAGACUCAUAAUCCCCCCAUAUACUGUAGACAUGAGAAGCUGCAACCUACGCAGACAUUUGGCAGAUUAAAGAGAAAGCCGGUGGAAUCAAUGGAAACUCGUCUCUGAAUAGAAAAACCUUCUUCAUUAUGUGUUCAGAUUUUAGUUUUUGUCUCCUAUGACCUCCUUAGUGGUGUCACAUGUCCACUGAAAUGCUGGAUAGAUAAAUCAACCAUUAUACAGGUUUACAUUGUUAAAAAAUCUUCUCUUGAAUAAUACAGAGGGUUUGUCUGCCCUUCACUAUGGAUACUAAGUAGCAGCAGAAACAUUUUGGACAUUUGGUAGCACAUAUGCAGAAAAUGCAUGUAGAGUAAUAUAUAUUGAAUAUAGAGAGAGCUACAGGCCUGAUUUUAGAAGAAAACAAUAUAGCGAAACUAAAAUAAAACACAUUUGCAGGAGGUUUUAAGGACAACCUGAUGACAAUGAAUUAGAAUGGUCCAGCCUAUAAACAAUAAAGCAUCACUCUGAGACAGGAUGUUUCUAAAUUUAGAGAUAUUGUGCAAAUGCAAAAAAGCAGUCCUACAUAUUUGUUUGAUAUGUGCAUUGAAGGUCAUAUCCUGGUUAAAAAUGACUCCAAGAUUCCUCACAGUGUUACUAAAGGCCAAGGAGAUGCCAUCCAGAGUAAGUAUCUGGUUAGACACCAUGUUUCUAAAGUUUUUGGGGCUGAGCACAAUAAUGUCAGUUUUAGCUGAAUUUAGAAGCAGGAAAGUAGAGCUGGGUAUCAUCUGCAUAGCAAUGAAAAUGUAUGCAAUGCUUUUUAAUAAUACUACCUAAGGGAAGAAUUUAUAAUGUAAAUAGAACUGGUCCUAGCACAGAACCCUGUGGAACUCCAUAAUUAACCUUAGUGUGUGAGGAAGACUC